AUGGCAAGUGCCGGGCAGAAGCGGAUAAUCCAAUUCACUGGAUUUAAAAAACGGGAGAAAAAGGCGUUGCUCAAAUGGCUGUUCAAACUGGACUGUGUGUUCAUAGAUAAUAAGAAAUACAGGAACUGUACACAUCUUAUAGCAAAAAAGCUGUGCAAGAGUGAAAAGUUCUUAGCGGCCUGUUCUGCUGGAAAGUGGAUACUAACUAAGGAGUACGUAAUUAAUAGUGCCGAAAGUGGCAGAUGGCUUGAUGAAACAACGUAUGAAUGGGGAUAUGAAAUUGAAAAAGGCACCCAUUAUUCACCUCAAAUGCAAUCUGCACCUAAAAGAUGGCGCGAAGAACUGACACGCUCUGGUGCUCCAGGGGCCUUUCACAGAUGGAAAGUUGUCCUUCCUGUAAAAGAAGGUGAUAAACAAAUGGCAUCUAUUAGAAGAGUUCUUCAAGCUGGAAAGGCAGCCAUAUGUUCAUCGCAAAAUGCAGAGCACAAUAUAACUCAUAUUUUCGUCAAUAAUAAAAUUUUUCCUAUGCAAAGCAAAAAAUGUCUCUCUGAAGAUCAUUACUACCCUGUGCAAUAUCUAGGACAUUACAUUUUUGAGAAUGAGACACAAAACACCAACGAUAUUAGAAUGGACCAUUUCCCGGCUGCACAAGAAGGAGACAAAAUCAUGUCGAACAUGCAGCUUGCUGAAAUGAAAAAUGCUGUUAUAAAACAUAUGUAUUUUGGUGCAGCUGUUAAGCACAGGUUUGCUCAAAAAGACCAGCUGAACAAGUGUGGCCCAGAGGUUAAAAACACUGACCCAUCCAGAGGGACAUGGUAUAUACUUGAGGGAUUAGUUGAAGAGUAUUUGUUUCCUGAUGUAAUCACAGAACUUGCUGCUAGUCAAAAGUACUCUACACCUCCUGUGCAACUUAUUCAGUCUCUUCUACGAUAUGUCUUAUUGGGAAAUACUGAUGCAUUAUUUUAUGCUAAGCUUCAUCACGUUUUGUACCUUGUUCUCCAACAUGAUCCCCCUUGGAAGUCCCCAUCUAUGUUAAAGUAUUAUUUGGAACUUCUUCAGUGUCCUGUCUGUAAGAAGGGCACAUGGUCCUUGAUAGAGAUGCUUGUAAGGUCUUGCCUUUAUUGCAAAACCAUUUGUCAUGCAGUCCCAGUUUCAGGGGGAGGAGGUGAACAGAGGAUAGUUCACAAAAGAUUAUUGAAGUUUUUCUUUGAGUUAGUAAAAUCUGAAGUAGAGUAUCUGACAAAAAGUUUGGUUGAAGGGACCAGUUCACAGCAUCAGCAAGUCAGGCCACAGACAGUUCUUCUAAAGACCUUUUGGCUGGGAAGUGAAACCUCAGUGCUUUUUACCAAAAACAUAAAUAUUUUAGCAGAUUGGGUCAUACUUUCCCAUAGAGAAUUGAACAGAAAAAAUGAU